AUGCGAUGCGCGAGCAAGGCCGCCGAGAGCGCGUAUGCACGUCUCUGUGCGGACGCCGAAGCAGAAACCACAGCAACUGAUGUCUCAUCGGUUGCUGAAGCGACCCAGCCUGUGUCACUUGGUGAUGCAGGCGCUGGUCAUGAAGACACUCAUGUCUUCACAGAGUAUGAGCUCGGUGUCUCAUACUCUCCUGAUACGGAAGACGGGUCCGUAUCGACGGCGAUCGAAGCCAAGCCGCCUGCCGAACGUGGCAUGGAUGAUGCUAUGCGUCGUAGCAUCUUUGGUUCAUCUGAUGAAUCCGAUGAACCAUCGCCGAAGUGA